AUGGCGGCCGGGGUGGGUGCCGCUCCGCUGCGGGCACCGGCGGGCAGAAAAGGAGGGGACGGACGAAGGGAUGGAUGGAGGCGGCGGCCGCCCGGCUGCUCCCUACCCCCCGUUCCCCGGGCAACGUGCGGGCGGGGACUGGGCGGGGAGGAGCCGGCCGCCGCGCCCGGCAGGGGGCAGCCGCCCGCCCUCAGCGCCGCCCGGACCCGGAGCCGGGCUGCAACGGCGCGGGGCGGGGCGCGCGGACGCGGGGCAGCGGGAGCCGAGCGCGCGUCCGGCCCUCCUGCUGCUGCUGCGGCGGCGGCGGCACGGACAGAUAACGGGCAGCGUGAAGGUUAG